UGCUAUAAAGCCUCCCCUAAAAGCACUUGGAUUCCACUAUAUUUGUCCAUCAAAGGGACAGAGACCGCACCUACCGUGAGGGCUAUGUUCAGACUGGAGAGAGAGAGGGGAACAACACCCACCUUGAAGCUUAUACCCAGCCUUUAGAGAGAGAGAGGGAGAGAGAAAGAGAUAAGACGGAGCGACCAGAGUGUGUGAAGAGAUCCCAGUAGAGGUGGAGAGAGAGAGAGAGAGAGAGAGAUGAAGAUUGAAAAGCAGAGCUCGAGGUUGGUAACCCCUUCCUAUGAAGCCAAACCCGUUACACCUUCAACCUCCACCACCAUACCCUUAAGCCCCUUUGACCGAGCGGCUGGCAACGCCCAUAUCUCUGUAAUCUAUGCCUACAAAGCUCCAACACCCCCUAACUCCGCCAUUGAGCGUGGCCUUCGCCUGGCGCUCUCUGACUAUCGAGAGUGGGCUGGCCGUCUUAGCGACGAUGAACGAUCCAUUGUCCUCAAUGACAAAGGGGUGCGCUUCAUGGAGGCCACGGCCUCAUGCACAUUAGACGAGGCCAGUCCCUUCAAAUCAACCCCUCAACUUUGGGACCUUCACCCAAACAUCAAAGGCAUCGAGGAGUUAAUGCAAGUCCAGCUCACCCGCUUUACCUGUGGCUCCCUCGUAGUUGGCUACACGGCCAAUCACUUGAUAGCCGAUGGAGAGGCCACAGGCAAUUUCCUCCUGGCCUGGGGCCAAGCCACGCGUGGCCUCAUGAUGCACCCCGUUCCAACCCACGACCGAGCCAUGGUCAAGCCACGCGAUCAACUUGCAGUCGAGUUCGACCACUUAGGCAACGAAUACAUGGAGAAGAGGCUCGUAAAGGAGGUUCCAUGGGAGAAAAUGGCGAGCCAGAUUAGAUUGGAAAAGUUCCACUUUUCUUCGGACUUCUUAGCCAGGCUCAAGGCCAGAGCGUCGGUGCGUUGUCCAAGCGGUCGCGGAUAUAGCACGUUCGAAAGCCUCAUCUCGCAUGUUUGGCGUAAGGUGACACGCGCGCGAGGCGUGGGAGAAGAGGAGACAAGCCAGGUGCGCAUCUCCGUCAACGUGCGCGCCCGCCUCGUGCCUCCUGUUGCCCAGGGCUACUUUGGCAACAUGGUUUUGUGGGCCUUUCCUCGAGCCACGGUGCGAGAGCUACUGAGCCAGCCACUCGAGCACGUGGCGGAGGUGGUGGCCGCGGCGAUUGCCCGAGUGAAUGAUAGUUACGUGAGGUCCUUUGUGGACUUUGACACGCGCGUAGAGAGAGAGGGGUGUUGGAGUGAGUUGGUCUCCACGGCCGAGGUGGAGUCGACGGUGUACUGCCCUAAUUUGGAGGCCAAUAGUUGGCUUAGGCUCCCCCUUAGUGAAAUGGAUUUUGGGAGUGGGGGACCCCAUGUGUUUAUGCCCUCUUUCUUUCCUUUGGAAGGGGUGGUUGUCAUUGUUCCGGCGAUGCAUGGGAAGGGGGGUAUAGAUCUCUAUCUCUCUCUAUUCGACUCUAACAUGGCCGUGUUUCAGGACAUCUGCCACACCAUAGACUAAAUCACUCUCUCUAGAGUAGAGUAGGGUGUGGCAUAAACCACAUCUCUCUCUGUCGGAGAUCAAAAUUAUUAGAUUACGGCCUCUCCAUGGUUACCUCAUAUGCGACUAAACUCUCUCUAUCUGUCUUGCCUGAAGACGUAGCCCAUCUUGGAUGAACCACAUAUAUGUGCGUAUCCAUCUCUACUUUAAUUUGUGUUGUGUUUUGAAGAUUUCUCAUAUUGCAUGUUUUAUUGUUUUUAUAUUUUUUUCCCAUUAUAUUGCACUUGUUAUUGCAUCUUGAGCA